AUGCAAUGUUUGAAUUUUCUUUUAAAAUUAGAAAUGUUUUAUCUAGUAUUUCUUGUAAUAUUAUUAAACAAUUUAAAUGUUCAUUGUUAUAAAAUUGCUGUUUUUUCCCCAGAUUUAUCUUCAAGUCAACAUAUAUGGAACAAACGUGUAAGUGAAAAGCUUUCUGAAGCAGGACACAAUGUUACAUUAAUUUCACUACAAUUCAACAAUAAAGAAAUUAAAAAAGCUUCAGUUAAUAAAGCAAUAAAGACUUAUAAAGUUGUUGGAGCCCUUGAAAUGGAUUAUAAAAAACUUGAAGAAGAAUUUGGACAUUUUGUUUUUGAAGAGAUGUCAUUUUUAAGUAAUACUUCUAGGAUACUUGGUAAUUUUACUUCUAGUAAUUUAGUUUCUUCCUGUGAAAAAUUUAUUACAAAUAAGGAAUUUCUAAAUUUUAUUAUAAAUGAAAAGUUUGAUAUUGCAUUUUCUCAUAUGUAUGAUUAUUGUACAAUUGGAAUAAUUCAUUACACAAAAAUUCCAACAUGGAUAUGGCUUAGUAGUGGACCAUUAGUAGAUCAUAUGGCCUUUGAUUUAGGUGUCCCAACACCAAGUUCUUAUGUACCACCAAUAAUGGCUGACAUGAGUGAUAAAAUGAACUUUUAUCAUAGAUUUAAAAGUUUUAUUGGAUAUUCAUUGUAUCCACUUAUUUAUCACAAACUUCUUAUAACAGAUAAAGAAACAGCUCUUUUUAGAAAACAUUUAUCACCUGAUUUUCCUGAUUUAAGGGAAAUUAGUAAAAAAUGUCCAUUAGCUAUGGUUAAUUCACAUGAAUUUUAUGAUAUUCCAAAACCAACUCUACAUAAAGUUAUAAAUAUUGGUGGACUUGGAAUGACUAAAAAAGAUACUAAACCAUUAGAAGGAAUAUUUAAAAAAGUUGUAGAAGAUAUAAAAACUAAAGGAAUUAUUCUUCUUACAUUUGGUAGUGUAGCAAAUUCAACAUUAAUGCCAUAUUCAUGGAAAAUAUCAUUUAUGAAAGCUUUUGAAAAAUUUCCUGAAUAUAAAUUUUUUAUUCGUUAUGGAGGUAGUGAUUUAAAUAACAUAUUACCAAAAAAUGUCUACCUUUCUAGUUGGUUACCACAAUCAGAUUUAUUACAAAAUUCAAAGACAAAGUUAAUAAUAACUCAUUGUGGAUACAACAGUCUUCAAGAAUCUAUUAUAGCUGGAAUUCCAAUGAUAUGUAUACCACUUUUUGGUGAUCAACCAAGAAAUGCAAGGUUAGCUGAAAAACAUGGUUUUGGAAUAUAUAUUGAAAAAGGUAACGUUAAUGUUGAUUUUAUUGUUAAAUCGAUAAAUGAAAUUAUACAAGACGAUUCAUAUCUAAAAAGUAUACAAAGAAUGCAACAAAUGACUUUAAAAAAACCAAUUCCUUCAGAUGUUUUACUUGUAAAAUGGACAGAAUUUUUGGCUGAAUUUAAAACAUUAGACAAUAUGAUUCCAUAUGGAAUAAAUUUGAAUUUUAUAGAAUAUUAUCAGAUUGAUGUUGUUUUAGUUUUACUUAUACUUUUCUUUUUAACUAUAUUUGUAAUUGUGUUCUCAUUGAAAAAAAUUUUGUGUAAGAUUAUACAACUUUUAUUAAAAAGUAAGAAUCACAAAGCGAAAAAAGAAUAA